ACAGUCGUGUAGGUAUAUACAGUUUAUUGGCAACGCGUCAAUACCACAAUGGCGGCGGCGAAGGACGUGUAAGGGUACCCUCGGUAUACCCGCGCGUAACUCAGUGCCAUUUCGUCCAUCAAAUCCGCAGUGGAAAACUUACGUUUUUGCUAUAUAGGUAACCGCCACGCAAUACACGUCGCCGCACAGCCCGACGGCCUUUACACACGCCCCGCGCUUUCGUCACGAGGUGAGUCCAUCAACUGUUGCAGUACAACACAAUAUCACGUAACUUACAUAUAUCAGCAUGUCAGAAAGACGGACACUUUUGAGUCGUCCCCGGACCCGGGUGUACGACUGCAACUACAACAUCGGUGAGGGUUAUUAUAAGCCAAUGAUGGACCACUUGGACCGCAAGUACUACGGUUCUUCAACCACACCGGCUGCAGCCAAACCCACUAGCGGAUUCUUCGAUUCUAGCCCAAAAAGUCUUUUUGGCACGUCCGGCGUAUCAGCAUUUGACGAGUACAGAUCUUCGUCACCGGCGCGUUCCCGACGCAGCGGAUCCGAUUCCAGAUUAUCAUUGCCUGACGACGAAUUUGAACAAGAGGUAGCUGCAAUGCGACGGGCUCGGGCUGCCAAGGCGGCAGCCGCCCGGACGGCGUCGCUGGAAAAGGAAUUUGAAUCGGCGUUCAACGGGUUUGCGUCAGACGGCAAGCCGAGGGCGCGGCUCAACUACACCGAAAAGUUGUUGGACACGGUUGGACUGAACAGCAAGUCACAGGAGGCGCUAGAGGAUGAGAUCUACAAGAAGCGGACAAAAUCCUUCUUCCAGGACGCGGAGGACGUGGUGGCUUCUGCCGAACUGCACGCCAGUAACCGACGGUCAGCCGCGCUCAAAGCGCAACUACAGGAUGCUGCCGACGAGCGAUCUGCCGAUCAACUGUCGGCUGCGGCCCGGGCCCGUAAGUCCAAGGCCCGCUUGUUGGACAUACAAAACGAGCUGGACGGCAUCGCCGAGCGGGACGCUGCGCGCCAAAAGCGUUCGGCCGACCUUAAGGCUCUGUUCGCUGACAACGAAGCGCUCACAGAAUCGGUCAGCACUUACAAGAAGAAGUCGUCGAAAAAAGUGUCGUUUUAACGAGAUUUAACGUCUUUAAUAAUAUUGUUAUUAAUAAAUAAAUAUAAUUUAUUAACAGAGAGAAAGAGAGUGAGAGAAAGAAGGCCGCAUUAACUGUUACUGAUCAGACAACACGACCGCUCGCCAUCAUCUCUCAUCAUUAUAUUAUCUAUUCUCUCUCUUUCCCUCUCUAUCUCUCUUCUCCUCUCCUAUCUCACUCACUCUGGUCUUAUUCUUUUUUCCUGAAUUUUUUCUCUUUUCGUUUCUUCUCCAUGCUAAAAUCUAAUGUUUCAUUAGACAUUUUAUUAAUAAUGAUACAUUUAUUUUGGCGUCGGUUCAUUUUUUUAUAUAGGUAUUAUAGAAAUAUAGAGCAUAAAUUUUUUGUAGGUACUCGAUCAGGAUAGAACAACAUUUAAUCAAAUAUUUCUUUACAUAGUUUAAAACGAUUUGCGUUCGAAUGUUGUUCGAUAUUUAUUUAUUUUGUUGCAUUUUUGUGUUAUUAUACAUUUUACGAACAGCUGAAUAGGUAUUAUAUGUAUUACCUUUAACGAUUGGUUAUCCAACUAUAUCGUUCAAAUAUAUACGAUAUAAUAAUAUACGUUCAAAUCACAAAUAA